AUGCAUCAACCAUAUCAACAGCAGCACAACCACCAGUUGCUAGGCGAUCCGUUUGCUGCAAUGUUAACGGUGACACAAGACGCACCACAUAGUCUCCAGUCAAGCCUAAAACAACAACAGAUUUUACAAUUGGAGUCACAGCCACCGCCGACAUCAACGCCUACCCAGAUCCUAACACAGACACAGACAGCGAUUGAGUCACAGUCGCAAUCUCACUCGCAGACACAUCCGCAGCAACAGACAUUACCACAACAGCAGCRGUCAACGCAGCCGUCUAUGUCUCCAGCGCACAUGUCGUCACCCAUGGCGUUCAGCCCAACGGUGACAGCGCAACAACUUCAGCAUCAAUCGCUGCAAAUCCAACAACAGCAGCUGCAGCAGCCACCACAACAGCUUCCAACACCGACAUCAACACCUUCACAUCAUUUGGCUAACAUUCUGAACGAAACAGCCAACUCGAACGGCUUUUCCACAUUGAUCCUAGUGCUAACAGUAGCAGCAACAGUUCGACCAACAGCAUUGUCAACAAUCAUCCCACCUCAGUGCAUGACAGUAACACGCAAAGCUCUGUACAACGAUGCCUCUCCAGCAGACCACACUCCCAAGAUCGAGUCGAGUAGACUCGAGUCGUCUCGCCGACUUCGGCGUGCUG